AUGUCUUUCGCCGGCAGACGCAGGGGCAACAAGGUCAAGAAGGGUGUCCAGUUCACCGUCAUGGUCGUCGGUGCCUCUGGUACCGGUCGCACCACCUUCGUGAACACCCUUUGCGAGUCCGAGGUGUUGACGCACAAGGUUUCCGACAGCCCUGAGACUGCUCACGUCGAGGAGGGCAUCAGGAUCAAGCCCGCCAACGUCGAGCUGGAGGAGGACGGCGUCCGUAUCGCCCUCACCAUUGUUGACACCCCCGGAUUCGGUGACAACAUCGACAACGAAUUCGCUUUCCAGGAGAUCGUGGGCUACCUCGAGCGUCAGUACGACGAUAUUCUUGCCGAGGAGUCCCGUAUCAAGCGUAACCCGCGCUUCCGUGACAACCGGGUGCACGCUCUGCUCUACUUCAUCUCUCCUACCGGUCAUGCGCUGAGGGAGAUCGACAUCGAGCUCAUGCGUCGCCUCUCGCCUCGUGUCAACGUGAUCCCCGUCAUUGGCAAGGCCGAUUCGCUGACGCCGAGUGAGCUGCGUGGCUUUAAGAAGCGGAUCAUGGAGGACAUCGAGUACUAUGAUAUCCCCGUUUACAACUUCCCUUACGACGUGGAGGAAGACGACGAGGAUACCAUUCAGGACAACAGCGAGCUCCGCGCGAUGAUGCCCUUCUCUAUCAUUGGUUCUGAGGAGGAGAUUGAGAUUGACGGCCAGCCCGUCCGCGCCAGGAUCUACCCCUGGGGUGUUGCUGAGGUCGACAACCCGAAGCACUGCGAUUUCAGCCGUCUCCGUGGUGCUCUCCUGAACACCCACUUGGCUGACCUGAAGGCCCUUACUCACGACGUGCUGUACGAGACGUACCGUACGGAGAAGCUCUCCAGGACUGUCCACUCCGAUACUCAGGACUCCUCGAUCCUACCGGAGGAGCUGGCCAGCCAGAGCGUGCGCCUCAAGGAGGAGCAGCUUCGUCGGGAGGAAGAGAAGGUACUCGCACAGCUGCGCGAGAUCGAGCUUCGGGUCCAGCGCGAGAUCAACGAGAAGAGGCAGGAGCUUUUGGCGAAAGAAGAGUCGCUCAGGAAUCUCGAGAGCCGGCUCGCUGCACAAGGCUCGCAGUCGGAGUUCCGCGAGUGA